AUGGCGCCCAAGGGUGACAUCACAGCGGGGGUGACACUCGUGUGGACACCACCGCACGAAUUAUGUGGGAGUGAUUUCAAACACGAGGCGAAAUCCAGUGGUUGGAGCAUCAGCAGCACAAAUUCGAUUCGUCUCCUGUGCUGCCGCGAGUUGUGCGCGGUUGGGGACUUUGGGGGCAGGCGAGAAUGGAGUGUCACAGAGCAUGCAGUGCUCGAGGAGAGAGAAAGACCGUCAAAGUCUCCUCCACUAGCGAUCUGGCAGGAUGCUUUUCAAAAUGUGCCUCUGCAGACAACACCUCAACGACCCUUCUUUGCUGGAUCAUUUUCAAGUGCUAGCGGUGACAGUACUACUAAAGGGCUAAACGUUGGCAGUUUGCUCGAUAUUUCCACCACAGCAGCAAGCAGUCAAUCUCAAACGGCAACUGGUGGUGUUCAAAGUCAAAUGAGCACGAGUUCGCUGACGAACUCCAUGAAUCUUGGCGGCCUAAGUAUUUCAAACACUGUGUCCAACAGUCAAUCUACUAGCCCUGAACUCAAUCUGGGCGAAAUAGGUGUGGCCACAUCCGUUUCAAAAGAUAAAACCCCGCCAAUUACACUUAGUCGCCAACUAGACACUCAGCCAACUGCACAGGCCGGAUCCUUUGCAACUGGCCUUAAUCCUGUAUCGAGUUCUCAAAGUGUGUCCGGGACUGAUAAAACUAAUUUUGGACUUAUUAAACUUACAUCAUUCGAAUCCAAGGCACAGUCACAGGCAUCUUCGUCUGAUGGAUCUACAGGCGCAUUUGCCGGAACUUCUGGAGCAACAUCUCAGACAGGAUUUGAUGGUCUUGCUAAGAAUAACAAAAGACCUGCACUUCUCGGUGGACUGCUGAUUGGCGGAACGGCGAUCAUUGAUGGACCAUUGCCUUUUGGACCUGUGUCUGGAAAAGGUUUUCAUGAUAUUUCUGGUGAGCAACAUAAGCAUGGAUAUGAGAAAGGUCCAUCAGAACUUCAUACCAGUGUAGAAUUCGAUCAGAAACAGAAGCAGGAACAUCAUGAUGAUCAUGGACACCAUGAUCCGAAAAAAGAUCAUCACGAUUUCCAUGGACAUCAUGAAUCUCACAAAGAUCAUCACGAUUUUGAUGGACAUGAUCCUCACAAAGGUCACCACGAUUUCCAUGGACAUGAUCCUCACGAAGAUCAUCACGAUUUUCAUGGACAUUCACACGAAGAUCAUCACGAUUUCCACGGACAUGAUUCUCACGAAGAUCACCAUGAUUUUCAUGGACAUCACGGCUCUUACGAAGAUGAUUUUCCUGGACAUUAUGAUUCACAUGAAGAAUAUGAUCUUCAUGGACAUCCCGGCCACCAUGGUUUUCAUGGACAUUACGAUUCUCAUGAAGACCAUCACGAUUAUCAUGGUCAUCAUAAGUAUGGGCAUCGGCCCCAUGAUCACCAUGAUUUUCAUGGGCAUGACCAUGAUAACCGCGGUCACGGACCUCCUGGUCAUGAUUAUCACAAACCAGGCUAUCAUAGCCACGAACAUCACGAUUUUGGCCACCACCAUCAUGGGCAUCACCGUCAUCCGCCACAUGGACACUAUCCCUUCGGCAGUUCAGAAGAAUCUUUUGAAUCUGAUGAAUCCUUCGAAUCUCAUGAACAUCCAGGACCCUAUCCUCGACCUCCGUAUCAUCACAAUCGCCCAGGCUAUCCAGGCUUUGCCAAACCACCUGGAUCUCCAGCACCAGGACCACAGGGAGGCGGUAGUACUGGAGGACUUCCUGGACCAAGCACCUUUCCUAGCCUUGGACCGCUGACACCUAAACCUCCUACUACUGGAUCUUCGACUAAUACAGGGUCAGGCCCUGAGCCCGUGUUUCCAAGUUCUGGCCUUCCUGGUAAUCAAGGAUCAAAUGUUUUUCCUAGCUCCAGGCCAUCCGGUGGAACUCCGUCUACUAUAGGAUCAAAUCUUGGUCCAGUGUUUCCUAGUUCUGGACUCAAUACGGGUGGAUCUUCGUCUACUGUAGGAUCAAAUCUUGGUCCAGUGUUUCCUAGUUCUGGACUUCCUGGCAAUCAAGGAUCAAACGUCUUUCCUAGUUCCAGACCUUCAACGGGUGGAUCUUCGACUAACACAGGAUCAGGCCUUGAUCCCGUGUUUCCUAGUUCUGGACUUCCGGAUAAUCAAGGACCAAAUGUUUUUCCAAGCUCUAGACCCACAACGGGUGGAUCUUCAACUAAUAUAGGGUCAAAUCUGGGACCAUCAGUUUUUCCUAGCUCUGGACUCACCACGGGUGGAUCUUCGUCUAAUACAGGAUCUAAUCUUGACUCUGUCUUAUCUAGUUCGGGAAUUUCUGGUCAGUUGCCCUCUAGUUCCAGUCAGCCACCUUCAAAAAUUCCAGAUUAUUUAGAAUCCACUAUUGCGUCACUGUUUCCUAACCCAGGACAACAGCCACUAGGCAGCAAUAUUAGAGAUAACCAAGGAUCAAGUUUGAGUUCUUUAGUGCUCAGUCUAAGCAACAUGCAAACUACUGUUCCGCCUUCACUUGGUGGACUUCAGCCCUCAGGACCUGCUGCAUUUCCAACCUUGAGUGAAGGUUCAGGUAUUACUGUAGAACCGCCUUCGAGUGGUGCAUUACCUGCAACGCCCAAUCCUACUUCUCUAAUUCCUGAAAGACGAAGUAAUGAUUUCAAUGGAGCUGGAAAUGACGGUGAAUUUGAUGUAAGAGCGGAUUUCCAAGGAUUCGAACGAAAGAGAAGGGGCGUAGAAUCUAGCGCAGAAGUUCAGGGCAGAUUCGAUCUUGGGGGACUGAUUUCAGGAAUUGGAGGAGCUCUUGGUUUAUUUGGAAAUGUAAAGGAAGAACGCCAAUUCCAUCAUCCCAGGGCGCAUCAUCACCACAGAGAAUAUUAUCCAACAGCAUAUGGCGAAGGAAAUUUCCAACAAGAAUUUGGAGGUGGUUUUGGUCCUAUUCAACAACAUCUUCCACCAGGACCAAGUUUUGCCAACAGCUUAACGCAAAGUGACUCUUUUGGAAGCUCUCAUCAGCAAUUUUACCCUCAACAACCAGGAUCUAACAUUGGUUUGCCUCUAUCACAAUCAAAUGACGAAUUCCAGGACUAUCCAUUUGGUGGACCUGCUCAACGUCCAGGGUCUAAUGAUCGCGUAAUUCUAUCGGAAUCUAACGGAGGAUCUCAAGCUAGCUCAUGUGGAGGAGGUUUAUGUCAAAGACCAGGUCCUAAUCAGCGUCCUGGGCUAUCUUUGUCCGAAACUAAUGGCGGAUCACAGAGCCAAGUUCUGAAACCUCAACCUCCCGGUGGGCAAAAUAAUCAACUACCUGAAAGUAACUCUGGUGGCGAAGUGUACAUUGAUGAACAGGGAAACUUUCAAAUUAGACCAAACAAACCAUUCGGAAGCCAGCAGCAAAGUGGCGCCAACACAAUGACAUUUCACACAGUGGACGAAUUUGGAACUUUGGACAAAAGUUCGGGAUCUAGCCAAGCAUCUAACCUAGGUGGAUCAACUGGGCAAUUGAGUGCAGCUAACACUGAUCAUCAAAGUUAUCAAACACCUCAUGGAUCGGGUCAACAAAGCAGCGGUCAAAGUCAGUCUGCAAACUUUGACAGUCUAGGGAACUCGGCCUUGACCCAAAGCAAUUUCGGGACAACUCAAGUAGUUGAAGGGGAUCGCAAGCAGAGUAAGGCAACUGGUGGAUCUUCUGCGACUCUCACAAGUUUGGCUGGUGGAACUUCAUCAAGUAUCUCUCAAGUAGACUCUGUUUCUUAUCAAGAGGCAGAUAAGGCGGGAUCUAGAAGUGCUGGUCAGAGCCAAUCUCAGCAUCUGGGGCCGAACGGUGGCUUAGCUGGAUCGAUUAGUGGUGCAGUCAGUGAAAGUUUCGAAGGCCCUGGAGGGAAGAAGGGUUCCAAAUCUUCAAGCCAAUCUUCCAGCUUUAACCUAAGUGGAGCUGGAAGCGUUGCAAGUUCCUCUUCAGCCAGUUCUGGCACUCUUGGUGCUAACUCAUUCUCCGGAGCACAGAGUGGAUCCGCCGGACUUGGUGCACUAGGUGGAACAGGUGGUUCCCUAACUCAGGCUAAGAGUCAAUCGAAUCAAUUUGGCAGCAAUGCUGCUGCUGAAGGAUUGACUAAAUUCGAAGGAUCUGUGAGCCCACCUAAUAAGUUAGGCGCUGAAAUUGGAACUCAAAGCAGCAUCAAAAUUGAUCAGGAUACAUUCGAUGGCCGACCAAUCUUCCAGUAAUUCUGAAUAUUCCGGUAUGACGGAUUUUCUCUAAGAUCCCACUCUGAUUCGGUUGCCAGAAUUGCCAUACAGACUAAGAUAUUCGAUGGGUUAGCGUAAGAAUCUGUGAGAACAUCUAAAUCUGCAUAAAUGCUCCUCUAUUGCAUCUUAUAACGGAGCUUAUAAACUUUUUUUUUAAUAUUAGGUACUUUGUCUUUUAAUGAACUAUAAAUUAUCUUUUUAUACCUUUUCCUUA